AGACAAAACCCCUCGCAAAACCCUUUCCUCAACUCAACUGAAAGCCCUAACUCAACUGUGUGGAAGUAGGGUGGCUGCAACCUGCAAUGGCUUCUCGUUAUAGAUCUGUUUCGCAACCAGCAUUCUCCCUAAUCAAAUCCACCAUCACCAAACCGGCCUCGAAGCCCGUCCCCUCAUCUUUUCUUCUCAAAACUCGUUCACCCGUUACGGCCAGGUGGGUGGGUGGUGAGCUCGGUUGCCUGCAGUCUCUGCUUCCCCUUCACUCGGCGGUGUCAUCAGCGCGCCUCACAUCUUGUCUGGGCAUUGAUUCCAGUAGGUCGAGGUCGCUGUCUCAGGGUAUGCUUUGCAGUGCCAACCCCGGAGUUUGAUUUCUCCGAAUUCUUUUUUACCCUUUUACUCUCCAAAUGGGUCUCAGCACACCGCGAUAAGAGAUUUUGAAGACCAUUGAUUGGCAGAUUAGAAUCUUUUAUUUGCUUUGCCGGGACGCUCUACUGUUAAUUAUUUUCAAGUUUUUUCUUGACAAUUCACUGAAACGGGUAUAUAGUCAGGAGAAUCUUUUGAUCUUCUGGUGUCUGUUGCAAUGGUUCCUAUAAAAUGCUUGAUCAAUCCAGUAUUAAUUGUUUUUAGAGAUCAAACUAUGCCAACAUCACUCAGUGAAUAAAAAAAAAUGCUGAUUGACCUCGCCAU